CAGUGGAGGUUUCCCGUUACAAUGCCACCAAAGAGAAGAGACUCCGUGCGCCAGGGCUCGUCGAGGCACAGCGUGAAGAGCGCUGCGUCGGAUGAGAGCUUCAACGAGCUCCUGAAGCCUAUGUAUAAGGGGAAGGCAUUGACCGAUGAGAUCAAUACCGCCGAGGAUAAAUGGAACCUUUUGCCUGCUUUCCUGAAGGUGAAGGGGCUUGUCAAGCAGCAUCUGGACUCUUUCAACUACUUUGUGGACGUUGACCUGAAGAAGAUCAUCAAGGCCAAUGAAAAGGUGUUGAGUGAUGUGGAUCCGGACUUCUACCUCAAGUACCUGGACAUUAGGGUUGGCUAUAAACAUGGAGCCACGGAAAUGGACCCCAUUCUGCCGCCUCAUGAGUGCCGUCUGAGAGACUUGACGUAUAGUGCUCCGAUAUACGUUGAUGUGGAAUACACAAGAGGCAGAAAGGUGUACAGCAACAAGAACUUGGAGAUUGGAAAGAUGCCAAUCAUGUUGAGAUCUAAUAAGUGUACUUUGAAUGGCGCAUCGGAGGGGAGAAUGGCGAGCCUGGAUGAGUGUCCAUUGGACCCAGGUGGUUAUUUCAUCGUCAACGGUACAGAAAAGGUGAUCCUUGUUCAAGAACAGCUGAGUAAGAACCGUAUCAUUGUCGAGGCUGAUGAAAAGAAGGGAAUCGUGCAAGCCUCCGUGACUUCUUCUACGCACGAGAGAAAGUCCAAGACCUAUGUCGUCACCAAAAACGACAAGAUUUACCUGAAACAUAACUCUAUCGGUGAGGAAGUGCCGAUUGUCGUCAUUUUGAAAGCUGCCGGUGUCACAUCCGACUUGGAAAUCAUGCAAUUGGUGUGUGGUGACAAUGCCACUUACCAGGACUUGUUCGCCAUCAACUUUGAAGAAUGCGCUAAGUUGGGUAUUUACACCCAGCAACAGGCUCUGGAGUACCUCGGUGCUAAAGUGAAGACCAUGAGAAGACACAAAUUGACAACAUUGCAAGAGGGUAUCGAGGCUGUUGCAACUACAAUCAUUGCGCACCUUACUGUAACGGAUCUGGAUUUCAAAGAGAAGGCUCUGUACAUUGCAAUGAUGACCAGAAGAGUCAUAAUGGCCAUGGACAAUCCAAAAAUGGUCGAUGACAGGGAUUACGUGGGUAACAAACGUUUGGAAUUAGCUGGUCAAUUGAUGUCGUUGCUAUUUGAGGAUUUGUUCAAGAAGUUCAACUCUGACUUUAAGGCUAACAUUGAUAAGAUCCUGAAGAAGCCAAACAGAGCCACGGAGUUCAAUGCGCUUUUGUCCAUCAAUGUCCAUUCGAACAAUAUCACAUCUGGUUUGAAUAGAGCCAUCUCCACGGGAAAUUGGUCCCUGAAACGUUUCAAGAUGGAAAGAGCCGGUGUUACACAUGUGCUCAGUAGACUCAGUUAUGUGUCAGCGUUGGGUAUGAUGACAAGAAUCUCCUCCCAAUUCGAGAAGUCUAGAAAAGUGUCUGGUCCGAGAGCACUGCAACCCUCACAGUUUGGUAUGCUUUGUACAUCCGAUACGCCUGAAGGUGAAGCAUGUGGUUUGGUGAAGAACUUGGCCCUAAUGACACACAUCACUACUGAUGAUGAAGAAGAACCCAUCAAAAAGCUGUGUUUCCUGAUUGGUGUGGAGAACAUAUCAGCGAUUGAUAGUUCAACGUUGCAUUCAAACUUUGGUGUUUACUUGAAUGGUACGCUAAUAGGUACUACCAGAUUCCCAUCCAAGUUUGUCACCCAGUUCAGAAAAUUGAGACGUACUGGUAGGAUCUCUGAAUUUAUUUCAAUUUAUACAAACUCUCAUCAAAAUGCUGUUCAUAUAGCGACUGAUGGUGGAAGAAUUUGUCGUCCUUUAAUCAUUGUUGAAAACGGUGCCUCUAAGGUCAAAGCUCACCAUCUUCUCAAGCUCAAGCAGGGAAGAAUGCAAUUUGACGAUUUCCUGAAACAAGGCCUUGUUGAGUACCUUGAUGUCAAUGAAGAGAAUGAUUGUUUCAUUGCUCUUUAUGAAAAAGACCUCUCUGAACAAAUCACACACCUGGAGAUUGAACCAUUUACUGUUUUGGGUGCCGUGGCAGGGUUGAUUCCAUAUCCACAUCAUAACCAGUCUCCACGUAACACAUAUCAAUGUGCGAUGGGUAAGCAAGCCAUUGGUGCUAUUGCUUAUAACCAAUUCAAGCGUAUAGAUACAUUGUUAUACCUGAUGGUUUAUCCACAGCAGCCAAUGGUCAAGACAAAGACAAUUGAAUUGAUUGACUACGACAAAUUACCUGCUGGUCAAAACGCCACUGUUGCCGUUAUGUCAUACUCAGGUUACGAUAUUGAAGAUGCACUGGUGUUGAACAAGGCUUCCAUCGAUAGAGGGUUUGGACGUUGCCAAGUUUUACGUAAGAACACCACAGUCCUCAAGAGAUACCCAAACCAUACACAGGAUAUCGUCGGAGGUAUGAGAGUGAAUGAGAAUAAUGAGCCUAUCUUCCAACAUGCCUCCUUAGGUCCAGAUGGUCUUGGUGAAGUUGGUUGCAGAGUGGAGAGUGGUCAAGUCUACAUUAACAAGUCUGUUCCGACAAACGCAGGUGAAAGUGUGAUGAACCACAGUGAAAGCACCCAUAGAGAGACUCCAGUAUUCUACAAGGCACCAGAACCAAGUUACAUCGACCAAGUGAUGAUGUCUGUUUCUGACAAUGAACAAGCUUUGAUUAAAGUGCUGUUGAGACAAACUAGAAGACCGGAGCUUGGUGAUAAGUUCUCAUCUCGUCACGGUCAGAAGGGUGUCUGUGGUAUUAUUGUACAGCAGGAAGAUCUACCUUUCAACGAUGAUGGUAUUUCACCAGAUAUCAUUAUGAAUCCUCACGGUUUCCCAUCUCGUAUGACUGUCGGUAAGAUGAUUGAACUUAUUAGUGGUAAGGCUGGUGUUUUGAAUGGCUCUUUGGAGUAUGGUACUUGUUUUGGAGGUUCGAAGCUUGAGGACAUGUCCAAGAUCCUCGUGGAUAACGGCUUCAACUACUCUGGUAAAGAUAUGCUGUACUCUGGUAUCACUGGUGAGUGUCUCCAGGCUUACAUCUUCUUUGGUCCAAUCUAUUAUCAAAAACUGAAACACAUGGUGCUGGACAAGAUGCACGCAAGAGCCAGAGGUCCAAGGGCUGUGUUAACCAGACAGCCUACCGAAGGUAGAUCCAGAGAUGGUGGUUUGAGACUGGGUGAGAUGGAGAGAGAUUGUGUUAUUGCAUAUGGUGCUUCGCAGCUGUUGUUGGAGAGAUUGAUGCUGUCCUCUGAUGCGUUCGAAGUUGACAUCUGCGACAAGUGUGGUUUGAUGGGAUAUAACGGAUGGUGUACCAGUUGUAAAACUGCAGAGCAUGUUGUUAAGAUGACAAUUCCAUAUGCUGCAAAACUGUUAUUCCAGGAGUUGUUAUCAAUGAACAUUGCCCCAAGAUUGAAGUUAGAGGAUGUAUUUUAAAACGGUUCGUUAUAUGUGCAUUAGGAAGGGUUCAUAUAUACGGAUUGUCUAUAAUCAAUAUAAUUUUGCAUAGA